AAGGCAUACGAGCCCGAUCCACAACCCCAAGCUCUUGUAUACGCGGGAUGCCAAAAUUUUGUCCCGCCAAAAUUCUAAUUCUCUUUAUAGUUACUCAUCAAUUCUUCUUCCCGUGAAUCUGUUUCAUUUUCUGUGUGAGUAAUCCUGAUUUGUUAUUUAUUUCGCCUUACAGUUUUCUAUAAUUUUGUAAAAUUAGGUCACAAUAAACACAGAGAUCUGGGUUUUUUAUCCUUCAUCUUCAAGAGAUAAUCAUGAGCGCCGUGAAUCUAACAAAUGUUAGUGUAUUAAACAAUCCAGCGCCCUUCCUUAGUCCUUUCCAGUUCGAAAUCUCCUAUGAGUGCUUGCUUUCUCUCAAAGACGAUUUGGAAUGGAAACUUACUUAUGUGGGAUCUGCUGAAGACGAAACCUAUGAUCAAGUUCUCGAAAGCGUCCUGGUUGGGCCAAUUAAUGUUGGGAACUAUCGCUUUGUCUUUGAGGCAGACCCUCCAGAUGCAUUAAAAAUCCGUGAAGAGGAUAUAAUCGGUGUUACAGUUCUGCUAUUGACAUGUUCAUAUCUAGGACAAGAAUUUGUUCGAGUAGGAUACUAUGUAAACAAUGAUUAUGAAGAUGAACAUUUGAAAGAAGAACCUCCACAAAAAGUAUUGAUAGAUAAAGUUCAAAGAAAUAUUUUGGCUGAUAAGCCUAGAGUCACAAAGUUUCCCAUCAAUUUUCACCCUGAAAAUGAAAGCAUUGAGCAAUCUGAACAGCAGCCUAAUCAUUCACCUGAAAUCGAGAAUGAACAGGAAGAACAUCAACAGACUGUUGCUUCACCUCAAUUUGAAGAAUUGAAUCCUGUUAAUUCUGAAAUGAAAAGUAUUGAUGGAGAAGAAACAGGAACAGAUUUGUUGCAGGAUCAUCAGCCUGCUGUGGUGUCUGCUUGAAAAGUUUUCUCAUUUUCUUUAAUUGAAAUUUUUAAAGUUUAUGUUUUUCAAGAACAAAAGAUGUGAUGCUUAUUAUGGUGAUAUUAUAUUUAGAUAUCUUAUAUUUUAUA